UUUGUUCUCAUCUGCGGGUUAGGCUGCGUAAACAAAUGCGGCUAGUCAUGUAUAAGCUCGUGAUCUCGGAAGGGUAAUGGCGAUUGUUGACUUCGUUUCAGUGAAUUGUUGCAAUUUAAUUAUUCUUUGUGACUGUAGUGCUGCCUUAGUUGAUUAAGAAGUGACAGCUAGUUUUGUGUCACGGACAGUUAUACUUGUGAAGAAAAAAUAUCCAAGAAGAGCAAGUACGAAAAUUACAGAGAUGAUUCAAGACUUGACGUGAGUUGGCAGAGCCACUGUGAGCUCAUAAGAAGUGAUGCCCAAUAUGCUGUCAGUGCUUGAAGAAGAGGGAGACAUCUAUGAGGGUUUCCAGCCUCAUGUAGACACUAGUAGCAUACCACUCCAAGCUGAUAGCCCAAACAAGAAGCCAGCUUUAAAGACAUACAAUGACAUACACAGUUUACUGCAGCUUGGUAGAAAAGGAGAAGUGAAGCAAAUUAUUCGCGAGAAUGCAUGGCCUAUCAAUAGCACUAUACGCUCACAGCUGUGGCCAACUCUUUGUCAGCAACAUGGAUCAGACAGGUCAAUGCAAGAGGGCUUUUACUGGGACAUGGUUAAUCAGCUAUUUGGUACUACGGAACUCCCAGACAGGCCUAUACUGCUGCCUACUUUUGUAGACAGUAGCCAUUGUAUGGCAUACCAUUUGACAAGGAAAGGGCGCGGUGUUGUGGACAGAGUUGUGUGUGUUGUGGGCUAUGCAUGCCCAGAUAUUACGUUUAGCCCAGCUUUGUAUCCAGUUACUGCCAUUUUGCUGCACUUCAUGACUGAAGAAGAGUGUUACAACUGCAUAACCAGCCUUAUUGCUUCAAAAAACAAGAUGUUCAUGACGCAAACUAAACAGUUGUAUGAAGUAACCUGGCGGACAGUCAUGCAGAUUACAAAAAAACAUGUGAAAGGUGCUGCUGUUCAUCUUGCUCGACACUGCCCUGAUGCACAAUCUGAACGCAUUUAUUCAAAUUGGUUGUGGUGGAUACUGCAGGGGAUUCCAUUCAACCACUUGGUGCGUGUAAUGGAUUGUUUCUUAAAUGAAGGUAUUAAAGUGCUGUACCGUGUGGCAAUGGCUCUUCUGCUGCUUUUCUACAAAUACUCUGCUCCUCAAAACUCUGAGUGGAUGAAUCAGAUACUGAAGCAUGGAAUUGAAACAGCAUUUAUGAAUUUCUGCAAGCACAUACCGGUGACUCCUGCAAAAAUGUUAAGGACAGCAUUUGGUGUUCGAGGGCUUAGUUCAGCAUAUAUAUCAAAAGUAUUUUUGAAGACAGAAAUGAUUUUGAAAAGUAAAUCUGUUCAGAGCAGUUCCCGCCAACUUGUGAGGUCACGUUCCAGUGAGAACUUGCCAACGAGUCAGUCUCAAGUUAAUAUUCAAAUGAUGUCCCAUACGCUUACUAUCAGAGAGGGAUCUCAUUCACCUGGUGCUCGGGUCCCUUCUAUGGGUGUUUAUCCCAUAUAUAACAUCAGAUCUCAUGUAUUAGACCAAGAUGAACUCAUUACUCUGUGGUCUUGGCUGCCAGUGAGAAUAACAAUGUACCAGCCAGUUCUUUUAUACACUACAGAGGAACAUGGUUGUAGCUUAACUACCUUCUUCGUGCGUGUGGAACACCAUGAACCCACACUUCUGAUGAUAAAGACUUGCAACAAUGAGGUGUUUGGAGCAUAUUGUUCAACUCGGUGGUACGAGCGAAAUCUCAAAGAUAAUCAUGGCAACAGGCAAGCCUACUUUGGGACCGGUGAGACUUUCCUUUUUAGUUUAUAUCCAGAACGUGCCAAAUACCCGUGGGUAGGCAUGGAUUGCAGUAAUGGAGAUCCUAAUAUUGACCAUUCAGCAGAGCUCUUCAUGGCUGCCGAUUCAAAAAUGUUAACCAUUGGUGGAGGUGAGGGACAAGCCAUUUGGAUGGAUGAAAAUAUUCGCUUUGGCAAAACAGAUCGUUGCCUCACAUUCAACAAUCCUCCCUUGUGCGCCAGUGGGGACUUCGAAAUAAGAGUGCUUGAAGUUUAUGGGUUUUCUGGAGCCUGAAUGUUUUAAUGUUCUUUGAUCUCAGGUUAUAGAAAUUGUUUGUACAAACUAUUGUGUAAAUGUUGCAUUCCACAGACAGUGAAAUGGUACAUAUUUCUUAUUUAUUAUAAGAAAAUUUCCCAGUUUUAGUUAUCACCCUGGGAGUCUGUUUCAAUAUUAAACCUAUAGUGAAUUGUUAUAUGGCCAUUACUUAUGACCUCUUUUGUAACAUACGUUUCAUAAUUUAAAUUAUUGUUUUGUAAUUGUUGUAGUUUGUAGUGUUGUUAGAUAUUUCUGUUGCUGUAUUGUUUAUCCAUACAAUUUUUAUGCGUGUUAUUCAGUUAUUUUAUUGAUGAGCUUUCUAUUUGGUGUAAAUGCUUUGUACAUUUUUUCAUAGACUGUUUACAUAUUUGUGUAUCUAUAAAUAAUUUAUUGUUAUGUUACACAGCCACGCUUAUCGAUUGAAAUAUUAUUAUUUUUUUUAGAAAAAAAUAAUAAGAUAUAUGUACAGUUCAGCAGCAGUUCAAUGCUGUGCAAGAUAAUAUAUAUUUAACACUGGUAUAUUAUGUGACCAUUGUGUUUUUGUGUGCUUGAGAUUGGCAUGAGAGAGAGAGAGAGAGAGAGAGAGAGAGAGAGAGAGAGAGAGAGAGAGAGUUAUUUAAGGGUGUGUGUGUCUCCCUGCAAUAAUGUAGCACUAAUAGAACACCACCAUUCAAGUUGUGACUGGGACAGUGUAGUGUCUUUAUGUAUUGCCUACAAUUGCUUGGGUAGUAUGCACCUAAGAAUGAUGUAGCUAACUGUCAUAUAUUUUUUAUAAAUGUUUUAGUACUACAAGUAGUGUGAAUCAAAUGAAACACUAUAACUUUUUUCUUUGUAGUAAUUGCAAAUUUCAUUUCCACUGGGUGCACAAAUCAAGUCUGUCAUGCUAAUGAGUUACCACAAUAUAAGAUCAUUAUUUUCUUA